ACUGCCUUCAGCUGCCGGCGGAUCGCGCUGGGGCCGCCGCGGCUGCUGCGGAAGCAGGGAAAACCGGAAAACAGCCCGGCGGCCCGGCCCCAGCUUAGCCCCCGGAGUGCGGAGCCGCCCAGAUAUUUUUUGAGUGCCUAAUAUGUGCCAGCCAGUGCUAGGCAUUGGAGACACAGGUGGAAGAUCCCAGAGUGUUCCCUGCUCUCCUGGUGCUCAUCACCCUGAGAGAGUUAUGUCAUGCCCAGACCAGCAGAGGGCUCCAUGAGGAUUUAUAGAAGAUGCCCCGCGUCUCUGCGCCUUUGGUGCUGCUUCCGGCGUGGCUCGUGAUGGUCACCUGCAGCCCGCACUCCCUGAGGAUUGCUGCUAUCUUGGAUGACCCCAUGGAGUGCAGCAGAGGGGAGCGGCUCUCCAUCACCCUGGCCAAGAACCGCAUCAACCGCGCUCCUGAGAGGCUGGGCAAGGCCAAGGUCGAAGUGGACAUCUUUGAGCUUCUCAGAGACAGCGAGUACGAGACUGCAGAAACCAUGUGUCAGAUCCUCCCCAAGGGGGUGGUUGCUGUCCUGGGACCCUCCUCCAGCCCGGCCUCCAGCUCCAUCAUCAGCAACAUCUGCGGGGAGAAGGAGGUCCCUCAUUUCAAGGUGGCCCCCGAGGAGUUUAUCAAGUUCCAGUUCCAACGAUUCACAACCCUGAACCUCCACCCCAGCAACACGGACAUCAGCGUGGCUGUCGCUGGGAUCCUGAACUUCUUCAACUGUACCACCGCCUGCCUCAUCUGUGCCAAAGCAGAAUGCCUUUUAAACCUGGAGAAGCUGCUCCGGCAAUUCCUUAUCUCCAAGGACACCCUCUCGGUCCGGAUGCUGGAUGACACCCGGGACCCCACCCCACUCCUCAAGGAGAUCCGGGACGACAAGACCGCCACCAUCAUCAUCCAUGCCAACGCCUCCAUGUCCCACACCAUCCUCCUGAAGGCAGCUGAACUAGGGAUGGUGUCGGCCUAUUACACAUACAUCUUCACUAAUCUGGAGUUCUCGCUCCAGAGAAUGGACAGCCUUGUGGAUGACCGUGUCAACAUCCUGGGAUUUUCCAUCUUCAACCAGUCGCAUGCUUUCUUCCAAGAGUUUGCCCAGAGCCUCAACCAGUCGUGGCAGGAGAACUGUGACCACGUGCCCUUCACGGGGCCUGCGCUGUCCUCAGCCCUGCUGUUUGAUGCUGUCUAUGCUGUGGUCACCGCAGUGCAGGAGCUCAACCGGAGCCAGGAGAUUGGUGUGAAGCCUUUGUCCUGCGGCUCGGCCCAGAUCUGGCAGCACGGCACCAGCCUCAUGAACUACCUGCGCAUGGUAGAAUUGGAAGGUCUCACCGGCCACAUUGAAUUCAACAGCAAAGGCCAGAGGUCCAACUAUGCCUUGAAAAUCUUACAGUUCACCAGGAAUGGUUUUCGGCAGAUCGGCCAGUGGCACGUGGCGGACGGGCUCAGCAUGGACAGCCACCUCCACGCCUCCAACCUCUCCGACAGUCUCUUCAACACCACCCUGGUUGUCACCACCAUCCUGGAAAACCCGUAUUUAAUGCUGAAGGGGAACCACCAGGAGAUGGAAGGCAAUGACCGCUAUGAGGGCUUCUGUGUGGACAUGCUCAAGGAGCUGGCAGAAAUCCUCCGGUUCAACUACAAGAUCCGCCUGGUCGGGGAUGGCGUGUACGGUGUUCCUGAGGCCAACGGCACUUGGACGGGAAUGGUCGGGGAGCUAAUCGCAAGGAAAGCGGACCUGGCCGUGGCGGGCCUCACCAUUACUGCGGAGCGGGAGAAGGUGAUAGAUUUCUCCAAGCCAUUCAUGACUCUGGGAAUUAGCAUUCUUUACCGAGUUCAUAUGGGACGCAAACCUGGCUAUUUCUCCUUCCUGGACCCAUUUUCCCCGGGAGUCUGGCUCUUCAUGCUUCUAGCCUAUCUGGCUGUCAGCUGCGUCCUCUUCUUAGUGGCUCGGUUGACCCCCUACGAGUGGUACAGCCCCCACCCAUGCGCCCAGGGCCGGUGCAACCUCCUGGUGAACCAGUACUCCCUCGGCAACAGCCUCUGGUUUCCCGUUGGGGGCUUCAUGCAGCAGGGCUCCACCAUCGCCCCCCGAGCCUUAUCCACCCGCUGUGUCAGUGGCGUCUGGUGGGCAUUCACGCUGAUCAUCAUCUCAUCCUACACAGCCAACUUGGCAGCCUUCCUGACUGUGCAGCGCAUGGAUGUGCCCAUUGAGUCAGUGGAUGACCUGGCUGACCAGACCGCCAUUGAGUAUGGCACAAUUCACGGAGGCUCCAGCAUGACCUUCUUCCAAAAUUCCCGCUAUCAGACCUACCAACGCAUGUGGAAUUACAUGUAUUCUAAGCAGCCAAGUGUGUUUGUGAAGAGCACCGAGGAGGGAAUCGCUAGGGUGUUGAAUUCCAACUACGCCUUCCUUCUGGAAUCCACCAUGAAUGAGUACUACCGGCAGCGAAACUGCAACCUCACUCAGAUUGGGGGCCUGCUGGACACCAAGGGCUAUGGGAUUGGCAUGCCAGUCGGUAUGCUGGAGAGGGACAGCCUCUUUGGGUAGCACCAUCCAGGCAGGGUCAGAGUAGCUAGGACCACUGAAUGCAGCACUGAAUUCGACAACCCUGUUCUAGAACCAGUUAACAGUGACUUUAGGUGGGCAUUCUCCAGGUUAAAACAAACAAACAAACAAACAAAAAACAAGCAAAUCCACAUACUUCUACUGAUCAGUGAUCCCACUCUCAAUCCUUAAGUAUGGAAGGAUGACUUGAUUAGUUAUUAAUUGAUUAAUUACUCAAGGGCAUCUUGAUGCCCUUGGUGGAUUCUUCAGGGCUUUUGUUCACUCUUCUGCUUCCUGCCCUUUGGCCCUUUCUCUGUUGGUGGACCUCUCUACCAGCAGUGGGAAGGAGAUGGAAGAGGUGGUCAAACUUAACUAAUUUUGCUAUUAGUGUCCCUGGUGAAAGGCUUAUUACAAAAGGAGACUGACAUGAUGAGAUAAAGUGGUUUUCAGAUCAUUUGUGGGUCUGAUGGACCCAUCUACUCCAAAUCAGCGUAGGUCAUUGAGAAGAAGGAGUAGAACUCAGUAUUCAUUUGGCUGUGUACCUUCCUGGCUGUUACAGGAUGGUAGGGAUGUUUGGCUUCCCGAAAGGUCUCCCAGCUGUGCUUUCUAAAGGAUAUUCACACUUUGGGCCUUCCCCAAAAGGAAGGUGAAGGGAAGCAAAAUGAACUGCUUUUUGAAUUGGCGAGGGAAUCUGAAAAUGUUCCCUGGGUGCUUGGCACAUACACACUUCCCCCACCCACCAUGGAGAGUCACACUGUAUAGGGCUGUCCUCACUCGACGCUGUUCUUCUACAAGGUUAUCCUGUGCAAGGCAGCAGGGGGGAAACAGCAACUAAGGCCACCAGACCAUGUGGGGAAAGCAUGUACAUCUUUGCUGUUAUCUAACACACUCCUUCUCUUGAUCUUUACCUAACUCAGAACUCUAUUGGAUUCACUCUACCUGUGGAGUGUAAAAAGCAUGGGUUUGGAGUCAGGCAGACCUGGGAAUGCACCUGGUUCCAGGCUGUGGGACCUCAGAUCAUUUAAGCUCUCUGAGUCUCAGUUAUUCCAUCUGUAAAAUUAGGUUUCUAAUACCUGCCUCAUGGGGUAAUUAAGGGGUAAACCUAAUAAUCCGGUCAGGUGCCUUACCACAGCAUCUCCCACUUAGCCUGCUUGUGGGGAACAUGAGUACCCUCCCCAUCUUCUCCCUAAUCCCCUAUGUUAUCUGAUAAAAGCAGAUGACUUCUUAAAAAUGGGUGGGAAGCCAAGCCAAUGAGCAUAGGCAAUGAUACAGUUCCUUCUUGAGCUCAGUGAAUUCUGACACUAGCAGUUCUAUAAACCAGAGCCCUCGCUCUGGGCACUUGUCAACCCACAUACUCUCUUCUUACCAUAUUUCAUUGAUAUUUGUUAAUAUACAGAUUAUGGGCCUCUUUGAGAAAUUUAUUGGCUUCCAUUUUGUUUCAAGAUUGUGGAGUGAACCACAAAAUAAACUUUUAAGAUGCACCUUGAUCAGGAUCCAGCAAUUUAAGAAAUUUAAUUGAAAUCUCAAAUGCUUCAAAAGUUUUCAUGGAACAAACCUGUAGAGAGUGGACACAAAGCAGACCAACUCUAGAAAUUUUUAUCAAUAACGAAGGAAAAAGGGAAGGAAAUACAUUUCUUCUGUGUCUGGCAUGAUGCUAUUUUUCAUAUGUCAGCCCACCUGCGAGGUAGAUGUGGUCCUUCUCACCCUAGAGGAGAGCACUGAGAUUCAGAGGAGACAACUUACUUGUCCAAGGUCGCACAGUAAGUAGAGGAGCUGGGUUUGAGCCUAGACUGCCUGUCUCCAGAUUGAGUGCUUCGCUUUCCAGACCAUGUUGCCAGAGGGUCCCACCGGUUCAGCAAGACAGAAUAGGUGGGAAAGUGAGCUGUGGGCUUGUCCAGGUUCUCAGCUCAGGCUGGGAAGAGCGUCACACGGUCCACUGAUGAGACAGAAUUUACAUCCAGCUGAGGUUACGUCCAGGAAAGAUGACAGCAUCUGUGUCGUUUUUAAGGGGGGG